AAACUGAUCAUCUCAUCUCUUCUCUUCUCUUCCCGUCUUCUGGUAGUCUAUACUCAUUAAGUCCAACUCCUCUAGCGAAUAAGAAGAAACGGAAUCUUCUGGUCCAACGACGAAAGGAGAAAUACCGGACAAAACAAACCAACUCACAUACCAGUCAUAAUACACUUUGGAAUUUCUUCUUCUUCUUCCUCCUCUCUUAUUUAUUAUAAGAAGUAGAGACUCAGUCAGAGACUCCUUCCAGCUUUAAACUCCGAAGCAGAUAGUCUAUGAAGCAGUGAGUUUCAGUACUAGUAGGGUUUCGUCACUUCCAUGGCAUUGUCAUAAACUAUGGCGGCAAGUUCCAGAGACAUUGCAACUGCUCCAUUUGGCCUUAAACUCCGUAGGUUUGAUGUUUCUCCUCUGUAUCUCCAAAGUUUGGAUUUCGGAAAGAGGAGAAGCAGCUGCAGAGUUGGUCAUGGGGAUCGACUGAGUCGAAUCACGAUCAGCUGUUGCUCUGACUCGGUCUCUCCCAUUCGUACAGACUCCGAAUCGGACGAUAGCGCUGUGGCUUGGCGGUUUCAGACUAAGAAAAGUUCUUGUAGAAUCCGAGUCCAAGCGAUACCUGCAUUGCCCUUUGCUUCGCCAAGGCCUCGGGGUGCUUCAAAACUAGAAGAAUUCUAUCCACGGUGUAGUUCAGGAAACUGUGCUCCACAGUCUCGUGAUACUCCACCCAAAAGAGAUACCGGCAUCGCAAAUGAGAAGGACUGGGGCAUCGACUUGUUAAAUGAGAACAUUAAUGAGUCUGGCACAAAUGAAGAUGGAAGUACUUGGUACCGAGAAAGUGGUGUCGAGCUUGGGGAAAAUGGAUACAGAUGCCGGUGGACAAAGAUGGGCGGUCAAAGCGAAGAUGGUUCCUCAGAAUGGAAAGAGACGUGGUGGGAGAAGAGUGACUGGAGAGGAUACAAAGAGCUAGGUGUAGAGAAAUCUGGGAAAAAUGCUGAGGGCGAUUCAUGGUGGGAAACAUGGCAAGAGGUUCUUCAUCAAGAUGAAUGGAGUAAUCUGGCGAGGAUAGAGAGGAGCGCACAGAAACAAGCAACAUCGGGCACGGAAAAUGCUGGAUGGUAUGAGAAAUGGUGGGAGAAGUACGACGCAAAAGGUUGGACAGAGAAAGGGGCACAUAAAUAUGGUAGACUCAAUGAACAGUCAUGGUGGGAAAAGUGGGGAGAGCACUAUGAUGGAAAAGGAUCCGUCCUAAAAUGGACAGAUAAAUGGGCAGAAACUGAAUUGGGAACCAAAUGGGGAGAUAAAUGGGAAGAGAAGUUCUUUUCUGGCAUGGGUUCGCGCCAAGGGGAGACAUGGCAUUUAUCUCCAGCCGGUGAUCGCUGGACAAGGACAUGGGGAGAAGAACACUUCGGAGAUGGGAAAGUACACAAAUAUGGUAGAAGCACUACAGGUGAAAGUUGGGAUAUCAUUGUGGAGGAGGAAACCUAUUAUGAGGCUGAACCUCAUUAUGGAUGGGCGGAUGUUGUUGGUGAUUCAACCCAAUUGUUAACAAUCAAACCACGGGAGAGGCCACCUGGUGUGUUCCCAAAUCUUGAGUUUGGAUCCUCUUCAUCACCUCCACCAGAUGACCCAGCAGAUACUCCAGAUGACCAACCAGAUACUUCAGAUGACUCACCAGAUAUUCCUCCCUUCUCUUCACAAUGAACAGCUGCUUCUCAUGUUCCAUUUUUUCUUUCAGGAAAUUUAAUAUUUGUUGAACUCCAUUUUUUUAUGUUACAAGCCUCCUGUAAUGAACUAGUGGAACCAAUUGCUUUUCAAUUUAUUUAUUCUUUUCAUUAUCAACA